GCCGUCGCGGUUCGUUCCCCGGAGUGUUGGCGCAAGGAAGGCGCGAGAAUUAGGCGCAAUUGCAGUGAUUCGGCUGGCGCGAGAUUUCGCGGACGUGAUCCGCGUCCGUGGUUUGGGAUUACGAUGUAAAAGGUGACGACGGAAACGGGAGGAAGAAUUCUCGCGCGUUAUUCCGAGUUGUUUGUUCCGAGAGAGGGUUGGUGGAGACCCAGAGAGACAGAAAGAACGGAAACUUCUCCCUCGCGCGUCGAGAAGAAGUCGACGUUAGUAUAUAUAUAUAUACCUUUUGACGUGACGACUGGGUGAUUUCUUGUCUUUUCGCGUCGUUGUGACAACAAUUCGCGAGCAGAUAUGUCGAGCUUGCCGCAAAUGUCCAGCGGGCUCAGCAAGCUGAAAAAGAAACACUUUCGGGUGAAACAUCAGAAGGUUAAGCUAUUCCGUGCGAACGAGCCGCUACUCAGCGUGUUUAUGUGGGGUGUUAAUCACACGAUAAACGAACUUAGUCACGUUAACAUUCCAGUAAUGCUCUUGCCAGAUGAUUUUAGAGCUCACAGCAAGUUGAGGGUGGACAAUCAUCUUUUCAACAAAGAGAACAUGCCGUCUCACUUUAAAAUCAAAGAAUAUUGCCCGUUAGUCUUUAGGAAUUUGCGAGAAAGAUUUGGAAUAGAUGAUUUGGAUUACAAGGAGUCGAUGACGAGAUGUCGGGUGUUUAAUCCCUCGCGAUCAAAGCAGAGCUCGGAUUUGAUUGGAGUAGGUGGAAGAACUCGUCAGAACUUGGUCCAGCGUUCCGCUACCACCCCAUCGGUCACCCUUUCCUCCUCUCCUAUUUCCUCGCACAAUUCAAUUCUAAAUAAACCACUGCGUUUCAAACGGCUGAGAUCGCAACCGGUGCUGGACGACUCGUCCGGGAAGAGCGGCGCGAAGUUUUACCAGUCGUACGACAAGCUGUUCAUAAUUAAAACUCUCACGAGCGAGGAAGUGGAGAGGAUGCACUCGUUCCUAAAGCAAUACCAUCCCUACAUCGUCGAGCGACACGGCAAGACAUUGUUGCCGCAGUACUUGGGAAUGUAUCGGCUGACCGUCGACGGGGUCGAGCAUUACGUGGUCGCCAUACGAAACGUAUUCUCGAAUCACCUGACGACACACAAGAAGUUCGAUCUGAAGGGUUCGACGGUGGAUCGAGAAGCGUCGGACAAGGAGAAGGAAAAGGAUCUUCCGACUUACAAGGAUAACGAUUUCGUUAAGGAGGGCAUGAAAAUUUACAUCGGGGAGGAAGCCAAAGCGAAACUGCUAGAAACGUUAACCGCUGACGUAGAUUUCUUGACGAGAUUGCAUCUGAUGGAUUAUUCCCUGUUGCUCGGCGUGCACGAUUGCGCGCGAGCUGAACAGGAGAACAGAGAGCGCGCGGAGAGGGGAGACGACGACGAGAAUCACGACGACGAGGACGACAGCGAGUCCGGCAGCGGACUGGAGUCGCGAAAUCCGCUCGGAGAUCGCCUGUGGGGUUGGAGCGGCGUCGGUCAUGCGAUCACCAGCAUGGCAACGCCUCCCGAGUCACCGCACGCCGCGUUGAUGCGUGAUACCAGUUUACAAUACGAAGACGCAAUAAUACCCGAAUUAGAUAUCUACGCUAUUCCUAGUAAAGAAGGUGCUCCCACGAAGGAAAUUUAUUUUUUGGCCAUAAUAGACGUGCUGACGCAUUACGGCGUGCGGAAGCAAGCGGCGAAAGCGGCCAAAACCGUCAAGUAUGGUGCUAACGUCGACGGUAUAUCCACCUGUGAUCCAGAACAAUACGGCAAACGAUUCAUAGAAUUUAUGAGUAAAGCUAUAGAGUAAAAAAAAAUGCUAAGAAAAAAAAAUCUCUGUGCAUAUAUACAAAAAAAAAAAAAGAAAAAAAAAGAAAAAAAAUAUGAAGUUACGACGAUAUUAGCGCUUAAAUGUGUAUUGUCGGAAUGAAAUCGAGUUUAUCGCAACCCGCACGAGGGAAGAUUUAUCCUGGAGAUAAGAUCGUCGCGAUCUCCAUUCGGUUUAUAUUUCUUGAAACUUUACCGACUUUCUUCUCGCUUUCCUUUCGCGAUGCGAAUCGAAUGGAAAUCGCAACAAAUUGUUUCUUAUUUCGUUGAACAUUUCUUAAGACGAUCUCCUCUUUUGAUCUUUUUUUGUCGAAAUUGUUUGUUAUGUAUUUCACGCAAUAUUCGCACACAAGAGUUUUUUUCUUUCAUUACAUUCGAUUUGAUUUGUUUCUCACCGUUAGUCGUUUAGUCGAUCCAUUCCAAGAGAUCCUAACCGGAGUUUUUCUUUGAUAUUUCCCCUCCCCGUAUCUUUCUCCAGGAUCGGGAGCAGGUAAUCCUGUAACGGAGCUAAUAACAUGAUCGCGCGAACAUUUUCACACACAGUGAAAACAAAUGCCUCCUCUUUUCUCUAUCUCUCGUUGUAUCUUGUUUUUUUUUUGUUUUUUGUUCACACGUGUUCGAAUUACCGAUUGAACUGUGUAACGGAAAAAUUGAUCUUGGAGUACACGCAAGUUGAACACGCAAGACUAAAUCGCACAAAUGCUUGUUUACUCGUUUAGCAACGUUCACGUUUCACGUGAAAGUAUUAUUAACUCGAUUUGGCAGACUGGCUAUACAGAGCACAUGUGAAUUAUAUAUAUACAUAUAUAUACAUACAUAUAUAUAUGUAUGUAUAAUUAUAGAGAUAAAAGACAUCUAACCGACCGGUUAUGUCGUUGCAAUAAAAAUUUUCAAAUGCGCUUUACUGAGUACAGAACUGCCCGCGGAUUUGCUUGAUCAUACAGGAUGUAGCUUCAACGGCUCAAGCGAAGCUACGCAAAUGUCCAUUUUUUGAACGCCAAUCACACACGGCGCGACACAUCUCCCGUUUUGCGGUCCAAAUUCAGUUUCAUUGAAUUAACCAACACCGAAUAUCACAUUUUAAUAAUUGUUAUGUACAAUAUGUAUAUCUUAAGACGACACUUAGUUUUAAUUGAAACAAUUUGUGAAGUAAGUCAAUAAUGUUAAUAGAUUGUUCGCAAUAUAACGCGUGUUAAUUAAGUGCUUGGAACAUAAUUGAAGCUUCAUCUCGCAAAAGGUCUGUUGUAAUAUUUCAAAUCGAACGGUUGUUACACUCUCCUCACACACAGUUUCUAAUUUCGCCAAAGGAUACUUUGUAUAAGAUAUGCUUUAUGAGGUGUUCUUCCGGAAGAAAUCAGGCACUGCGAACUCUUGCACACAAUGAUAUCGUCCAGCAAAGAUCUUGCACGAGUUCGGUGCACGAGUUUUUGUUUCAUAUAUAUAUAUAUAUAUAAAAUAUUAUUCGUAAUUUUUUAUAAUUUAGAAAUGUGCGGUUGAGGCGGACGAAAUAGCGACUUGUAUUGUAUAAAAGAAGUAUGUACACAUUGUUGCUCGCGUACAACAAACACAAUAUGUUUAAAAUUAUCUAAUAAAAACACUAUAUAUAUGUAUAUGUGUGUAUAUACAUAUAUAUAUGUAAAAUUUGUUAGCCAAUCUCGUAAUACAACACCUAAUUAAUGUAAUAAUUAACUAAUGUAUUUAUCUAGUCUCAAUGUGUUUGCUAUAAUUUUGUAUGUACAUUUUAUCUCACUCUCUUGUGAAUGUGCGCGCACGUCAGGACUGAAGGAUGUGAUAGACGAAAGGAGGAGGAAAGUACAGUAGCAUCUUUGUUGCAAGAUAUAUCGCGUUUACACGAAAUUGAUUUUUCUGCGCGUGUGACGGAGAAUUAUUAUUAUUAUUAUUAUUUUUAUAUAUACAUAUAAUAUAUGUGUGUGUAAAAACAGCUACUUUUGUUUUUAACGAAUCAAAAUUUUCAAUUUUCAAACGCAAGAGCGUUCUAGACUUUACGUCCAUCCGUUAGUACAUGACCUUACGUGUGGCAACGACGAAUCCUUGUUCACACAAAAUAAAUUGAGAUUCAUAGCUAUGUCAA